AUGCAUUCCCGAUGUACAGCGCGCGAGGAGGAGCUGGCGGAGGCGGCGCGCGCCGUGGGGGGCGUCGAGGGGGGCGUCGAGGGGGGCGUCGAGGGGGGCGUCGGUGGGGGCGAGGGGGCGCUGGGCGCCGAGGUGGAGGCCGCGCGGCGGCAGCUGGCCGAGCACCGCGAGUACGUGGCGGCGCGGCUGGCCGCCCUGGCGCGCCUCUCCGAGCGCCUGGACGCCGCGCUGCAGUGGGCCGAGGAGGAGGCGGCGGAGCGCGAGCCCGAGCUGGCCGAGCUGCUGCAGAACCUGAAGAACCUGGAGCGCGAGUGCGGCGCGGCGCAGCAGGCCGUGGCGGCCGAGGUGCGCCGCAAGGGGCAGCGGCUGCGCGACCUGUGGGCGGCCGUCGGCGCGCGGACAGGUGGGUGCCUACUGGGUGUUCAUGAGGGGGCGAGGCUAGCUCCGGUCAGUAAUACCUAUUGCGAAGUGCAUCAUGAAAAU